CUGGACCAUUUUCGGAUUAUUCUUCUCCCACUCGUUCAUUCUUUGACAACUUUUAACUUUGUGCUUCUUCUGCAAAGACGCAGCAAUUGACCCGGUUCCUCUUAACCAAGAACGCCACAAGUGAACCUUUCAUCUCUCCACGCGUGUCGGACAUCCAUUUUCCAUCGGUACUUACCUAGACUAGUCUAGGUAGUAGCAAGCAAGGCAGCCAAGCAAGCGCCGUUGAGCGAUACCCGGCAUCCAGCCAUCUCCUCCCUAAUCUUCGCUCUCCACUCGCGUUGAUUGAGGGCUCUGCUGCUACCCCCGGCCUCGCAAGUUGCAACGAAAUCACCUACAGUCAAUCAAUCGCCCAGCGCAGUCGGCAUUUGCAGCACCACCACCACAACAACAGCACGCAGCAGCAGCAGCAGCAGCAGCACGCAUCUCGCAGCACGGCAACCCCGACCCCGUCAGUCCCGUCCAUCCAUCACGGUCAAUCAGUGUCUCCCACACACACCGCAGUAGCAGCAGCAGCAGCAGCAGCAGCAGUAGCAGCAGCAAUUACAGCCCGCCGGCGCCCGAAAGCCGUUGAACGUUGAACGUUAAACCCCCUCGAGCCUCCAAAGAGCAACACACCCACCCACCCCCCUCCCGGCUCCUCUUCCCUCCCCCCCCCGCGCCUCGCGGCACCAAAGCACGAGUCUCCACCGACCAUUUGCGAAUGGAGACCUAAAGUAUACUAUGGCCCAUGCUGCUCUUCUACGAACGAACACCGCCCCUGUAUUUCAAGCGUCGACCGACGGCGUCGCCAGAUUGAACAACAUGAGCCUGUCCAACGCCGCGCGCGCGAGCCAGCUUUCGGGCUCGACGGCCUUCAAUUCCUCUACUUCGCUCAGCUCGCUCACUUCGUCCGCCACCGCCGUUACCCCCGUGAACGGCCAGGUUGUCGCCACCACAAACAUCAUCAACCAGAGAGCCGACGCCUCGCGAUCGCUGUACCAAAUAUGUUUGUCGCUCAAACAACGCCUCGCCCAGGUUCCCGGCUUCGAGGGCUAUCUAGAACAACUGCAGCGCGAGCAGGAGAAUGGCCAUGAUGGCCCCGUCGAGGCCCUCUGGAAGCUCCUUCGCACCGGUCUGCCCCUGCUCACCAUCUACAAUGCGCUCCAACCCGAGAAACCGCUACACGUCGAUCAGAGGCCGAACGAGACGGAAGCGCGACGGUCCAAACGCGCCAUUAUGGAAUUCGUCAAGGCCUGCUUGAGCGACCUCGACCCUCCCGUUACCGAAUGCUUUAUCGUCGCCGACCUUACAGGGGAGGAUACCACCGGCUUUGUCAAGGUGACUUCUGUUAUCAACUAUGUGCUCGAUCUUGCCGAAAAACGGGGCCUCUUGCUCCAAACCCUGCCAUACCCCGAAGAUGAUAUCACGCAGCCGGGUUCUAAGAUGACCCAUCGCGAUUACAUUGUUCGAGAACUGGUAGACACGGAGCGCAAAUACGUACAGGAUCUCGAGAACCUCCACGACCUGAAGAGGACGCUGGAACACAGGAGCGUUAUCCCUGGCGAAUUCAUCCACGACAUAUUCCUUAAUAUCAACGCCAUCUUGGAUCAUCAACGAAAGUUCCUCAUCAGGGUAGAAACAACAAAUUCGAUGCCGCAGGCUAGGCAGGAAUGGGGAAGCUUGUUCGUCACAGCUGAAGAGAACUUUGGCAUUUACCAACCCUUUAUCGCGAACCAAAGAAAGGCGGCCCAGGUUGCGACGCAAGUGUUUGACAAGAUCCAAGAGGCUGGCCAUCCGGUCGCGUGUGAUUUUAAUACCCUUGAUGGUUUCCUCCUCAAGCCUAUGCAGAGACUGGUCAAGUACCCGCUUUUGCUCAAGGAUUUGCUGAAGAAGAGCGAGGACGAGCACACCAAGGAGGAUUUAGCUGCCGGCAUCGCUGCUGCUGAACGGGUCUUGAUGAAAGCCAAUUCGGCCGUUGAUAAGAACAUCCUCGAAGAGGCCUUGCAGGACCUUAUACACCGAGUAGACGACUGGAAGAGCCAUAAGGUGGACAACUUUGGAAGUCUGCUCCUACACGGAGUAUACACUGUUAUAACGGGCAAGAGUGAACAAGAGAAGGACUAUGAGAUCUAUCUUUUUGAGAAUAUCUUGCUCUGUUGCAAGGAACUCACUACGACUAAAGCCAAGGACAAGAAGGACAAGACUCGAUCAUCCGUACCAAAGUUGCGGAACAAGUUCGCCAAACUACAACUUAAGGGCCGCAUCUUCAUGACCAAUGUCACCGAUGUAGUAGCCAUUUCCAAGCCUGGUUCGUAUACCGUACAAAUAUGGUGGAAGGGCGAUCCGGGCGUGGAGAAUUUCAUGAUCAAAUUCCAGACCGAAGAGAUGAUGAAGAAGUGGGCCGCCGGUCUGGAAGAACAGCGAAAGCAGAACACGCAAGCGGCCCCAGUUGCUCCUGAUCAAGCUCCGCCAAACUUUGCCUGGCUCGCCUCGCAAGGCAACGGACUGGAGAAUCCCUACAAGGACGAAGAAGAGGACGAGGACAUCUAUAAUGCUGCUGCCCCGACCGUUGCCAUGCCAGGCACAAUGCCGCGGAAUGGAUCGAGCACAAGUCUACGGCAGCGGUCCGCCACCAGCGACAGUCUAGCAGGUAUGGCUCGCGCACCACCUCCACGAUUCCCUCUUCCACAGGCACCUGCGCCUCUCAAUGUUGGCCUUCAGCCAUCACCCGCUGUUCGAGCAGGCGAGUCUUACUUCUCUCCCGUAGCCGAGUCGCCCGCUUCGAGUCGGACGAGCACAGCGAGCGGCAUCUUCGCCGGUGCCGGAUCCGGCUAUCCUUUCCCCAAGACCGGUACCCCCCAAGGAUGGCAGGAGGAUAGCAACCGCUACACGGCCCCUGCCAUGCCAAGGGCGCCAUCGCGAGACGGCCCAUCUCCAGGAACCGGGAGGAACCCACGAGGACCCUCGAUGCCCGUUAUGCCCCGGGGGGAUAACAGCCAGUUUCAGCAGGCACGCAGUCGGAGUUAUAGUACACCGGACAUUGCUGGCCAGGCCGCUGCGCGCAUCAACCAGACAGGGGUACCUGCGGUGCCAGGCAUUCCCGCCCAUCUAACCCAUGCCCGCCAUGAUUCCAACAUUCCCAGGAGCAAUACCGGCAGUCCAGCAAACGACCUUCCUCUACGGACCCAGACAGGUUCCCCUGGCAGAGAGCGGAAGAACUAUGGAGGCCAAUUGAAUCAGUUCCCUCCACAGCCUAUCCGCCAGGGAACACCAGGCAGUGUCACCGGCUUCCCUCCGCCAUCUGGCCCGCCCCCACCGGGCAUGGCGCCUCUUGCCCCGACUGAGGGAACGCGAAACAUCACCCCAUCGCUCGGUACCGCACCGAUCAUGUCCGGACAGAACCCGCUCUCACCCACAGAUGACGACAUGCUCCCCACGCAACUGAAGGUCAAGGUUCACUGCGAUACCGGUAACUACAUCACAUUGGUUGUGCUCUACGACAUUACUUACGAGAAACUGAUUGACCGCAUCGACAAUAAACUUUCGCGGUUUACCAGUAGCAGUAUCGGCGGGGGUAAUUUGAGGUUACGGUACCGGGAUGAGGAUGGCGACUUCGUCAUGAUCGAGAGCGACGAUGAUAUUCAAAUCGCCAUUUCGGAUUGGCGUGAGGGGCUUCGCAACCCAGAUAGCGCCGGGGAAAUUGACCUGUACUGCGAAGGGGAACUGUUGGAGUGAGCAGGGCAUCAAAGUGGCAUUGUGUGCUCACAGAAAAUUCCGAACACACCCGCUUGCGUCGGUCUUCUCAUUUCUUUUUUUUUUUUUUUGGAAUAAACUUGGACAGCACCAUAUUGUAAAAAAAAAAGGCAGCAGCAACAACCUGUCUUUCAUCCCUCUCACGUCCGUCACAUUCUGUCACUUUUAUCACUGUCCCUCAUCUGUUCGGCAACUCAAUUCGACAAACAACUCAUUUCUCUUCUCGGUUUUUGGGUACCAUCUUUCACUUAUCAUCUUGUCUUGGGACAGAAACUCGGCAACAAGGAUUGGCAUGCAUGGAUUCUCCAAACAUACAGACAAAGGCGGACCCGCAUAAUCACCAUCAUCAUCAUCGUACGGUUCUUCUUCUAAGAAACGACUCAUCACAGACAUCUAUACACACACACCAUUUCCUUUAGUUGUCAUCUCUUAUCUCACUCACUCACUCUCUCUCUCUCUCUAAAGAGUACACACGCACGCGCACACCAAGAAUCAUUUUUUUUAUCGGUGUCGGCUAUAGACACGGGCAUUUUCUUGGAUUUUCCUUUGUCAUCAUCAUCAUCAUCAUCAUCAUCAUCAUCAUCAUCACGGGUCAAGCUCCCUUCCCUCUUUCAUUUGUCUUGUUUCCCCAUCAUUGUUUUCUCAUCAUUUCUGCGUAGUGAAGGACUAUUUGCUGUCUUAUACCUUGUCGGUCUUUGAGUAUCGGUCUUUGUCGAGUCGGGUUUGUCAGGACGGGUUAGAAUGUGAUGGAUGCCAGGGGAUGAGAUGAGCAACGGUUUCCUUGCUUCCGUCUUGUCUCUGUUCGGUUUGGUUUCAACGGGAACAACACACGGAUGAAUGAGAGUUGGAGUGAGUUCUCUGCUGGAAAUCAAAGAGAAGUCAAGGCGGCUGUCCAAACAGUGGUUGCUUGGACGCAAGCGGGACGGGUCCGGUAAUUUUGGUGGUUUCCCAUGGUCAAGAGGGGGAAGCAUGGAGCAAGAAGGAGGACGCGAGCGGGCCGAGAGUGAAAAUAGAUGGACGGAAUGGAGGAAGAAGGAAAAGAAGGGAGGAGGAAGGGGUUGACGGUCAGUGAAGUUGUUGUCUUUUUUUUUUCUUUUUUUUUUUUUUGGUUGAUCUUUAUAGUCAGAUAUGAAUACCCAAUUGCGCAUUUUUGUUGUUUGUUUGUCUGUUAGUUAUUCCAGUCUUUUAUAGAGUCUAGAGCAGAGCAGAGGAGAGAGUAAACUUAGG